AUGAACUACCUCAUUAGCAAAUGUAGAUUCUCCCGAAAAACUGCAUCGGUGAUUUCCCAGCGCAUCUCUCUCAAGUCAUCAGAAAAAGCGGACUGCGUUCUCUCUCUUUUUAAAACAUGUGGUUUACGCGAGUCACAGAUUCACAUUGUCAUCAAGAAAGCGCCGAAAUUACUUCUGAGUGAUCCUAUGAAGACCAUUUGGCCUAAGCUUGAGUUCUUAAUGUCCAAAGGUGCGUCUGUCCCUGAACUUGUCAACAUUGUGAUCAGAAGCCCCCGGUUCUUAUUGAGAAGCUUAAAAAAUCAUUUAAUUCCUAGUUAUAAUUUUGUUAAGGGCUUUGUUGGGUCUGAUAAAAGGUGUAUCGCCUCAAUCAUGCGGAGUCAUAGAGUAAUUUAUUGUGAUUCCCUGGAAACUAACAUUCAACUCUUGCUUGACAUUGGAGUGCCCAAAUCUCGCAUUGCUGCAUAUCUUCAUUCGUGGCCUAGCCUGCUUGCUAUGAGUUCAGGUAGAAUUAGAGUGGAAGUUGAGGGAUUAAAGGAUAGAGGUUUUGACCCUUCGAAAGCAAAUUUCAUUCCUGGAUUGUAUGCCAAAUGUAAGUUAAGCAAAAGCACUUGGAAUAGCAAGGUUGGAUUCUAUAAGAACUGGGGUUGGUCUCAAGAAGAGUUUGAUAAAGCAUUUGUACUCCAUCCUCAUUUUAUGUUUAAGUCUGUAUCUAAGAUUAAGGCAGUGAUGGAGUUUUUGUGA